CAUCCACAUCUCAAAUCAAAAGCCGAAUAUUCUAAUUUCACCGCUUCGAAAUCCAUUCUUUAUUGCCAAAAUUUUGAAACCCUAAUAUCCCAAUUUCGCUGGUGAUCUUUCCAAAGCGUCAUCAAACCAAACAAUUUUUCGUCAUAUCUGUCUCCGCAAGGAGAGUCGCUUUGACGGGAAGCAAGGAUUUCCGCUGCAAUUGGAAUCGUCGGAUCAAUUCGUCAUGAAGUUUCUGGAGUGUUCUGCUUUAGAUCGGCUUAACGAUUUCUUGGGUAAUUUGAAUCUGGGAGAACGUACUAUCAAAGGAUGCCUUGAAGCCUAUAGUUGCAAACAUGCUGGAUCGGAUAAAAAACUCUCUAUCAGUUUGGAGACAGAGAUUCUUGAUUAUCUUGGGAAAUCAUCCGACACUGAUUCCUCCUCACCAGAUCAAACCUUAUUAACCAGAAACAGCCGAAAGACAUUGGUUUACCUGGUUCUUACCCUGUAUCACAUGUAUCCCGAUUAUGACUUCAGUGCAGUUAAAGCUCACCAGUUUUUCGCAGAGGAAUCAUGGGACAGCUUUAAGCAGAUUUUUGAUACCUACAUGAAUGAAGCUUCAAAGGAAUGGGCUGAAACUGUUGGGAGUGCUUCUUUGCUGGACACCUUGUUCAAGGCCCUUGAUGAGGUGGUGAAGUUAGUGGAUUCUGAAAUUUACGGUUAUGUCCCUGAUUUCGAGGCAAAUCCAUUACUAGAGAGUGGAGCAAUAUGGUCCUUUAAUUUCUUGUUUUAUAAUAGAAAGCUUAAGCGGAUUGUAUCUUUUCGAUUCAGUUGUUUUAGUAACUUAAUUGCUGAAGGACUGCUUAUUGAUGAUAUACACAAUGAGUAUGAUGAAGAGAUAUUUGCUGACAUGGAUAUAUGAGUCACUUCUACCUCAAUUAGUUAGCAUAUGAAGACUUCUGAUCCUCCCAUGUGUAGUUCUGUUAUAUAUGAUGGUUUCAGAUGCGUUGCUCUGUAAAUCAAAGACCGUUUCAGUGUGGCCCGAGUCGUAGAUAUAGCAUAUGUAUCUUCCCGUAUGCAUAUAGUAUAUUUAACAUCUGUAUCUUCCUCCGAUGCACAUCGUAGAUUUGGAAUCUGUAUCUUCCUCCACUGUUAGGACACACCUCUGGUGUAAUAUUAGCAAAAACAUACUUAUUUGAAAUUGGUGCAAGGAGUAUUGGAUAUUAUUAGGUUACAUUCAUCUGAAAAUGAUGCUUCUUUUUCCUCCGCAAUCUGUUUCCGGUGGGUUCAGGCAAGGGUGCCUCGAGCGACACAGAAUUUAUUGAUCAAUAGUUGCGUUUCUAGCAACUUUGAUGCAAGAUUGGAUUUCCUCAGAGCUAGGCUUUUCUUGAUAUAUCUAUAUUCAAUGGGUUAAUAUUGUAAUGUAUUUAAAAUCCGGGGCAUACUUUAAGUUCAGAAGAGUUUUCUUAUAUGAAUGUAUAAAAUGGUGACAUAAUUAGCGGGAAAAAAAAUAAUGAAAUGGUUUGUGCAACGUAUAUUUAUUUAUGUAAUAUAUUUGAACUUUGCACAUGUACAGGAUUGUGAAGAAACAUAUAAUGUUAUCUUGCUAAGUACCACUUUGAUAUA